UAUAAAUCUCUCUCCCACAUUUCACAAAUUUCAUACACACAACAAAAAAUGGAUCGCAAAAACGUUCUCUCUAUCGCAUUGAUCUGCAUUGUCCUCGCCGGCGUCGGAGGUCAAUCUCCCUCCUCCGCUCCGACUACAUCUCCAAAAACAGUCGCCACUCCCUCCGUUUCUCCCGUCGCACCCGUCGCAGCACCUUCCAAACCUAAAUCACCAGCUCCGGUUGCUUCUCCAAAAGCAUCAGCAUCCACGCCAGCUUCAUCUCCCGUUGCUGUAACCGUCACUCCGGCUAAAUCUCCGGCUGCUCCAGUUCCGGUGGCUAAAUCUCCAGCAUCAACACCUCCGGCAGUCGCUCCAGUCAGUGCACCACCACCGACACCAGUUCCAGUAUCUUCACCACCGACACCAGUUCCAGUAUCUUCACCACCAGCACCUGUUCCAGUAAGCUCUCCACCUACUCCCGCACCGACAACCGCCACACCUGCCGUAACACCGACAGCUGAAGUUCCCGCUCAAGCUCCAACUAAACCAAAGAAAAAGGGAAAGAAAGGUAAGAAACACAGCGCGCCAGCACCUUCACCGUCAUUGCUAGGUCCUCCCGCACCUCCGGCUGGUGCUCCGGGACCUGCUCUCGAUGCAUCGUCUCCCGGUCCAGCCUCCGCUGCUGAUGAGAGUGGAGCAGAGAGCAUGAGGUGCUUGCAGAAGGUUAUGGGAAGCUUGGCAUUGGGCUUGGCUGCCAUUGUUUUAAUGUUCUAGAGAAGAGGCUUCAUUGCUCUUGUGUUUUUACACUGUUACUAUUACUAGUACAUUCAUUCAUGUAUCAUUUAUUUUCUUUUUUAGCUCUUUCACGGGCUAACAUUAAAUUUAUUUGCUAUUGUUUUUUUUUUCAUUUCAAACUCUUUUAUUCUAUUAUUAUAUUGAUAUGAUGUUUUUGCCA